UCCAAAGCAAAGGUGUUAGCUGCAGAAAUCAAUGGAGUUCAUAAAUGGGGUUUUCUUGAUUCUCCCUGUGGGCUUUGUUUUAGUUUUUGAGGUUUUGAAGAGAUUGAAUGGUUUGUAUUAUGCUGUGAAGUUGGGGAAGAAAUGGGGUGAGCUCCCUCCUGGUGAUCUCUGUUGGCCACUUCUUGGCUCUACUUUAUCCUUCCUCAAAUCUUUCACCGUUGGUCCACCCGAAAGCUUUAUCCGUGCCUUUACCACCAGGUCUUUCUCCCUCUCGUAUGGGAAAGUUGACAUGUACAAGACACACAUUUUUGGGAGGGCAAGCAUACUUGUCUGCAAGCCUGAAAUCUGUCGCCAAGUACUAAGCGAUGAAACCAUAUUUGUUCCUGGUUAUCCCGCCAGCAUGCAAACGUUAUUUGGUAGAAAUACGCUGCACCGAGCCUCAAAGGCGGAGCACCGGAAGCUCCGACGGGUGACAACGGCGCCGAUCAGUAGCCACGCUGCGCUCGAGAUGUACGUCGAUCAUAUUGAACACACAGUGAUCAGUGGGUUGGAGGAAUGGUCAAGUGUGGAGAAGCCAUUGAAGCUGUUGACAGAGAUAAAGGAGCUUACCUUCAAAAUUAUUUGGAACAUUUUUAUGGGUUCAACUUCCAUAGACUAUACCACAAAAGAAAUGGAGGCUUUGUAUAAUGAUAUUUCACUUGGGUUCUUCUCUUUGCCCAUCAACUUUCCUGGCUUCUACUUCCAUAAAUCUCUCAAGGCUCGAAAAAGAUUGUAUGAAAUACUUCUAUCUAUUGUGAAUGAGAAGAGGUUGAUGAAGAAAAGCAAAGGGGAAAGUUGGGAAGCACAAGAUAUGAUGGAUUUGAUGAUAGAAGUGGAAGAUGAAGAUGGAGAAGGGAUGGACAAUGAGACCAUUGCAGAUUUGAUUUUUGGUAAGUUAUUUGCAGGCCAGGAGACUUCAGCUUUCACUACAAUGUGGGCAAUUAUAUUUCUUACAGAUCAUCCACAUCUGUUCCAAAAGGCCAAGGAAGAACAAGAAGAUAUCAUUAGUCGAAGACCUUCAACACAAAAGGGUAUAAAUCUCGCUGAAUUUAAACAAAUGAAAUUUCUUUCUCAGGUGAUAGAUGAGACGCUUCGUCUUAGUGGUAUUAUAUUUGCUACUUUUCGUGAGGCAACAACUGACGUUAAUAUCAAUGGUAAGCUUAUACCAAAAGGAUGGAAAGUCAUACUUUGGCUUCGAGAGCUUUACAUGGAUGAAGAGCUACAUCCUUCCCCACAAGACUUCAAUCCAUCAAGAUGGGAUAAUUUUAUAGGCAACCCAGGUGCUUUUACCCCGUUCGGAUUAGGAGUCAGGAUGUGCCCUAGACGUGAUCUUGCCAAGCUCGAGAUCUCAAUUUUCCUUCACCAUUUUCUCCUCAAUUACAAGAUCGAGCGUUAUAAUCCACAAUGCCAAUUGACUUAUCUACCAAUUCCUUAUCCCAAAGACAAAUGCUUGGCAAGAGUGCUGAAAACUGCAUGACAACGUAUAGUGCUUCUCAAUCUUAUUUAUCCCAACAAAUGAACUUUAUGAUUGUAUUCAGCUUUUGAAAUAUGGUAUAUGUUUGUGUGUAUGUGUGUACUUAUGUACUC